AUGGCGCUGGCCGUACUCGAUCGCGCACGCCGCCAACACCGGGACUGGUUCGACGACGACGACACCGCCAUCAGUAACCUGCUCGCCGAGAACAACCGCCCCACUGACGACAACAGAGCUGCUAUCUACCGCAGUCGUCGCCUCAUUCAACAGCGACUGCGGGAGAUGCAGGACGCCUGGACUGCUCGCAAGGCUGAGGAGAUCCAAGAGUACACGGACUGCAACUAAUAGAAGAACUUCUUCUCUUCGAUCAAUGCCGCGUACUGUCCGCCAACCAAAGGCGCCUACGACAGUACCCUCUCACAGAGAAGACACAAAUUCUACAGCAAUGGGCCCAGCACUUCAGAAGCGCCCACAACCGUCCCCCCAUCAUCUCCGAUGUCGCCAUCACCGGUCUACCUCAAGUGGAGACCAACACCGACCUCGACCUCUCGUACUCUCUCCACGAAACCUUUGAGGUCCUGCAGCAGCUCUCCAGCGGGAAAGAGUCCGGAUCAGACGCGAUACCUGCUGAGAUCUACAAACACGGUGGCCCCCAAAUCAUAGAUCAUCUUAAGGCUCGUUUCCAGGAGAUGUGGCGUCAAGGAGAAAUCCCACAGGAUUUCAAGGACGGCACAGUCGUCCACCUCUAUAAGCGGAAAGGUAACAGCCAGCUCUGCGACAAUCAUCAAGACAUCUCCUUACCGAAUAUCGCCGGAAAGAUCUUUGCUUGCAUUCUCCUCAACAGCCUGAACCACCAUAUGGAACAAGGUUUCCUGCAGGAAAGCCAGUGCGACUUCCGUCGUCGUCGUGGGAUCACUGACAUGAUCUUUGCCACCUGCCAGCUGCAGGAGAAGUGUCAGGAGAAGCCGAUUCACCUCUACUCUAUCUUCGCGGAUCUAAGGAAGGCUUUUGACAAGGUAAAUCGUUAAGGACUGUGGAAAAUCAUGCAGAAAUGCGGCUGUCCCCAACUGUUAAAUUAGAUGGUGUGUCAGCACCAAGAUGGCCUGAUGGCCGGAGUCACGGAUAAUGGAACUGUCUCAGAGGCAUUCGCAGUGACCAACGGAGUGAAGCAGGGCUGCAUGCUCUCGUCUACCGUCUUCAGUUUCAUAUUCUCUGCCAUACUUAUGGACGCCUACCGUGACAAUUGCCCUGGGAUCCGCAUCGCCUACAGGAAGGACGGCCAACUCCUCAAUCAACGGCGGAUGAACUUCCGUUCAUUAACUUCUCUUCGCCGACGACUGCGCCCUCAACACCACCUCGGAGGAGGACAUGCAAAGAAGUAUGGAUCUCCUCGCCGCCGCCGCCGCCGCCUGCAGCAACUUCGGCCUGGUCAUCAGCACAGAGUAAACGGUGGUUAUACAUCACGCGCUACCCGACGCUGCCUAUGUCCCACCCCAAAUCAACCUGAACAGUGCUCAUCUGUAAGUGAUGGACAACUUCACGUAUUUGGUCAGCGCCCUCUCCCGCAGCACCAAGAUCGAAGAUGAAGUGGUCCACCGGAUUUCCAAAGCCAGUUACUCCUUCGGUCGUCCUCAGAACACAAUUUAAAAUCGCCACGGUCUCCAGCUCAACACCAAACUGAAGAUUUACAAGACGGUUACCCUGCCGAUGCUGCUUCAUUGGAACGCAGACAUGGGCUCUGUACAAGAAGCAGGCACGUAGACCCAACCAGUCCCACCUCAGCUGUCUUCGUCGAAUACUGAAGCUGAGAUUGCAGGAUUGGAUCUCAGACAAGGUCAUACUGGAGCGGGCAAGAAUCCUCAGCAUCUACGCUAUGCCACAACUACGCCGGAGCGGCCACCUUGUGCGGCUACUCAAACGACUCUUCUACGGAUAUGUCACGACGGGUUCACGCCUACAAGAAGGCCAAGUUCGGCGCCAGAAUGAUACUCUGGAAACCUCCCUGAAGCGCCUGCAGAUUAACGCGGAAAACUGGAAAGACCUCGCUUAA